AUGCCUCCAUUCACGACACUCGUGUUUUGCAUACUUGGUCCACGGAUUAUAUUCCCAUUGAUCGGAGACUUUACCGUUGUGAUAUUUGUCUGGUAUGCACUUUGGGGGACAUGGAAUAUCUUGAAGCAUUCCAAAUUGAAGUUUCACACGGUCACUGUUGUGCAUUUCGACGGUGGUGAAGUUUCACACAUUGCUCAGAAUUUUAUGCGGGACAUUAAAGACAGAAACCUCCGUAAAAAAGUUGUGAACGCUGCCUAUGCCUUAAACCAACCAUCCUUCAUGUAUUACCGAGAAGAAAUAAGGUUGUCAAACGCAGAAGCAUUAAGGUGGGUGGAUAAUAUUCCAGUCGAGAAAUGGACUAGGUCAUUUGAUGGAGGGUGUAGAUGGGGUCACAUGACCACAAAUCUUGUAGAAUCCCUAAACGGCGUAUUUAAGGGAACUAGGAACCUCCCCAUCACAGCGUUGGUAAGGGCAACGUAUUACAGAUUGGGGUCACUAUUUGCAGCAAGAGGCAAAAAAUGGAGCGCUGUACUGCAAUCAGGGCAAAUAUUCAGCGAAUCAAGCAUGAAGUAUAUGAGGGAUGAAACUUCUAAGGCGGCCUCACAUCGAGUUAGACCAUUUGAUCGUCAUGAUUACAGCUUCAUUGUUGAUGAGACAAUGGAUCACAACGAGGGUCGGCCAAUGGGACACUAUAGGGUGGAACUUCAUAAAAAUUGGUGCGACUGCGGAAAGUUUCAAACCUUCCGCAUGCCUUGUUCACAUGUCAUUGCCGCAUGUUCAACUGCUCGUCAGGAUCCAUUCUUGCAGCUAUCAGAAGUUUACAAGGUCGUCAACUUAUUCGGUAUCUACAGUAGCAGUUUUCCAGUGGUAGCUAGUGAGGACUACUGGCCAACCUAUCAUGGAGACACAAUCUACCACAAUGAAAAUAUGAGAAGAAACAAAAAGGGUCGCCCCAAAAGCACCCGAAUCACAACUGAAAUGGAUACAGCUGAGAAAAUGGAAAGACUGUGCGGAACAUGUCGUCUUCCAGGGCAUACGAGGAAAAACUGUCCAAAUGUUGGAACAAGUUCUAGGUAG